AUGACUCUUAUCAGUAAUAAUUCAUUCUCUGGUAUGGACAAAACCAUCUCUGAUACUGCUGUCUCAACUGGAAAUUCAUCGAUUGAUUCCGAAAACCAAGAGCAAUGUUUUGGUUGGGGUAGAAGAAGAACUACCACUGUUAUCUUUGGUGAUGUUAAUGUCUUUGGUGGUAAUCGUUGUGGUGGAGGUUGUUGUGGAGGUUUUGGUUUUUAA